AUGGCGGCGCAAGGCCCCUCUUCUAGCGGUCAAUCCAGCAACACCUCAGCCACCUCGGUGUCUCUCCUGGGACCAACACCGCCCCCGCCCUCAAACACGGUCUCAAAGUCGCCCCAGGAGUCAAAGGCGAGCUCUCUGAACCAGCUGCCUCGCUCCACCUGCUGCGAGGACUCCUUGCCCCUCGCCGUGUUUUACGGUCCGCUGGACGCUAAAAACCCGCUCCUGGCCUCCUGUGAGAAGGAGAUACAGGAGUUGCUCAGCUUUAUGAAGAGAAAGAAGGCUUUAGUGACAGCGGAGGAGCAGAAACACGAGUUCCACCGACGCUGUGCCACCUCUUUGUUUAAUAUCUGGACUAAAUAUGCACCCCGGCUUCCAGCUGCCUAUUACAAUGAAAAGCUCCUGAAGGUGGGAGAUAGCCUCUGCGAAAUGAAAGAAUAUAAAUUGGCCCUUUUACAGUGCUAUGGAAGAUAUCUUCAGCAGUUCAGUAUCAGCUUUGAUGAGAAUAAAGCAGAUGUGCAUCAAUUCAAAACUGUCUUUUUUCCAAAAGGCUUUGGAGACAAAAAUGCUGCACAGACAUUUCAUGCUUUAAAUGGCAAAAAUAUUUGCAACUACGAGUUGGUCUGUGACAGUGACAUGAACCUGCAGAAUAAAGAAUCUGUGAUCCAGUGUCUGGAUAUCUUGUCCUCCCUGAGACUCAUCAUGCAGGUGGCAUUGCCACAGGAGCACCUUUGCUGGAUUAUCUUCAACGGUACCAUCUAUAUUUACACCAUUUGCAGAAAACUGAUGAUUAUAGGUCAGUCUUCCAAGGCCUUAGAAUAUCUGCUGUGGGCCAGUAUAUGCAUGGAAUCCUCCGUCCCCCUCCUGUCUGUCAGGUACCUGACAUGGCGAGCUACUCUUUACACUGCUGUCUGCCAGUGCUACUAUGACUGCCAAGCUGGUAUUCAUGGAGAGGCAUUUGCUCGGCGUGCUUUAGCGAAAAUUGAUGAAUUAAGGCAACUGGAGUCCAUGGGUUCCUCACAAUCAUCAGAAGAAUCCAGAAGAGACUAUAGAGAGGCCACAAUAAAGAUGGCAGUGAUGAUCUUCAAAAGAGGAGUAUUUGAAUCCAGAAGAAAAAACAAAAAUUUCUUUAGACCAAAGAUAAGAAUUAACCUAAGGGAGGUACAAACUUUGCCGUGGCCACGUACUGUCACAGAACGGUUGUUGGAUGAGAUGUUUGAUAGCACUUCAUCCCGGUUCCUGGCUGUCUUGGAAGCUCUUUCUGAUACAAAUAGGCGAACACUACAAAUUGGACCCAUUGUUACUGAUGAAGUAGAAGUUCGUGAUGUUGUCUCAGAACUGUUCUUAGCAGGAAGAGAACUUUUAUUAAUGUCAAAUACUGGUAUAGAGGGAAUGCUUGGCUUUCCAAAAACACCUCUUCUGGAACUUAUUAUAAAAAGAAAAAAUGUUAUUUCUAUAGAUGCUGCUGUGAAAUUUAUAAAGUUGGCUUUUACCUAUGAGGAGUGGAGUUUAUUUGAAUCUGCCGCUGGGCAGCUUAUUGAAUUUCUCCAGGGACAGGAUGAUCCAGAGUUAAAGAAAGCAGAGAAGGAUUUAACCCUUCUUAUUGCAGUAGAACCUCUAAUCAAUGUAAAGAGGAACAAAGGUUUGAUCUUUCCUUUGGAAAAUUACAAGGAAGGACAGUCAGCUUUUUAUGUUAAAAAGACUGCUUUUCCUGAUACUGGUAUGAAGACUUAUGGAUAUUCAGAAGAUAUUUUCCAUUUAACAACAACCCUAUAUUCCUGUGUCUGCACCUCUCCGCAGAAUGUUCAGCCUGAUAAAGAAAUUGUGGUGGACAUGAUAAUGUUCUUAUGGCAGAAAUGCAAACUAGGAAUUCAGCGGACCAAUAUGUCCAGAAAAGACUUUGCGAAAUUCACCCAGAAAAUCAGUACUAAUAAAUGGGUUUAUCUUCUGUGGCAAAUCAAUGAAGUAAUUCACUGCUAUAAAAUGGAAGACAUUGACAUCGUGGUGGUGGCAGAGGUCACGUUACGAUUAAGUGAGAUAUUGGAGUCUUUAGGAAACCCGAGAAGAAAAUUUAAAAGGGCAUCUUUCAGUAAAGGGACUGAUGAAGUUAUUGGGACUCAGAAUGGGGAUCUGGAAAUUCUUCCAAUAUUGAAGAAAAAACCCUUGGAACAGUUAUUUUUGGCUUAUGAACUUCUUGACAAAGCAAUUGGUGCAGUAAAUUUCAAUUGCAUGUUAACUACUUUGCCAAAUGGAUCCUCAGUGUUUGAUCAUUACUAUGCCAAGUACACCCACAAUAUAGAUGAAGACAUUUCCAAACCAGUCACACCAAAUAGUUUCAUGAUGGAUUUGCAUCUGGAACUAAUUCAAGCUCAGCACCGAAUAGCUGUUGUGCUUCUUGACCAGUUGCAAGUUUUGCAGACUCCAACUGUUAGCAAAAAUACAUCUACCAAAAAUCCAGAAAAGCUAAAACAAUCUAGAAGCAUUGAUUGUUUUACAGAAGGAAGUGUAAUGAAUAAAAUAAGGAAGAAUAAGCUAUCCAAAGCGAUUUACUUGAUGCAAAAAGCUCUCGUAAUAUUUGAGAAAGAUACAACCUCUACAUCUUCACGUAACUUUUUGAUGGAAGCAUAUUCUUUAAUUGAGAAGGCUGAAGUAGAACAGAACACCCUAUAUACAUAUCAGAAAAAUGUGAAAAGUUCAAAAAGGAAGAAGAGCAGAGUUCCUCCUCCACCCAUCCUGCUGUCCCGAACUCAUUGUUCUGUGACGUUGAAACCUGCUCCCUUUAUUUCAGAUGUUAAGGUGUCGUGGUACUGCAUUUUGGGUUGCAAAGCAGAAGGGAGCUAUGGAAAAGUAAGACUAAACAAUAAUCAUCUCCCAAACUCAGGAGAGGCGAUACCAGCUGAUGGUAAAAGCAUUUUUGAAGUGAAAGGUUUAGAAACCAAUGAAAAAUACGUCUUUGCAAUUGCUGCUUAUUCUUCUAAUGGGAAGCUUAUCGGUGAUGCUAUUGGGGAGACAACUAAACCAAUUCUGGUUUAUCCGCCUCUUUCUGCUGUUACUGCUCGGAUGUUCCUGACACAGGUUGCCUAUCAGAUUGGUGACUAUGAGUUGGCUAAGAAAGUUUUCUCACCAGUCUGGGAUUAUUUUGUCUCUUCACCACCUCACAAUGAACAAUCUGUUAUUUGUUUAAGCAAUAUAAUGACUAUUACACAGAGAAGAUUACAUUUAGAUAUUUUGGCAGAGACUUCUUCAAUCCUCUUGUACCUUUUUCUUAGAAAUAUUUUUGUAACAAGUGACAUUAAAAUUAAAGAAGAAAAUCUUUUCUGCGAUAAUAUCAAAGGCAAUGAGAUUUUUCCUUCUCAACUAAUUGCUAGGCUAAUUGAAUGUGAGAGAGUGCUAGUAGCAUUGGAACUUAGCAACUACCUAAAUGAUUCCAGUUAUGCCCUUCAAGCUGUGACUCAAUGUUAUGGUCUUCUUGCCCCUAUAAUCUACCACAAUAUUGUUUUGGUACCUGUCGUACAGAUCUUGAUAAAGUGUAUAGUAGUUUUGCAAGGACUACCAAACUUCAUCCACUCAAAGAAACAUGUUGUGAGUUUUGAAAGCAUACAGCACAUGAUAGCUUGUUGUAUCUUCUACAUAACAAAGAUUCUGCGUUCAUGGAAGGAAUAUGACCUGGCAGUAAUUAUUAUAAAUUAUGGAAAAAAGGUGUUGGACAUCACACCAGAGUGCAAAUCUCCAUUUGGUAUGACUGACCAAGAAGAAAUACAAGAGGAGGGUUCUUCUAAGAAGUCUUCCAAGACAAAGAAGCCACAGCAGAUAAUAUCACCUGAAAAAAUAAAUGAACAGCUGGUCUUGUUGGAGACACACCUUCUCAAACUGACAAAGCAAUAUGUUACAACUGAACUCUCAGGAGCAGAGGACCCUAUAUUUCUUUACCCUAUAGUUUUAAAUUGGUCAGUCAAAGGUGCUGUGAAAGAAGUCAUGAAAUUUAAGCAGAGACCUAGAUUCCUGGAGUUUUUUACGCAAAUUAUGCUAAAAUGUAUCAAUGAUGAAAAAUUUUACCUUGUGGUGGAGAUAACAAAUCCUGUCUGUGACUUCUUGAAAAGGAGAAAUGAGUCCCUACUUAGAAUUAAAAAAAUGAGGUACAAGGACAAUAUUUUGAGUAAAAGGGCAACUAAAUCUGGAAAGAACUUCAAAGCUGCAGUAAUGGAGAUUGGGAGAACUACAGAAAUACAAAGAAGAAGAAGUAAAAAAAAGGAAACUCUAAGAGACUUUUUUUCCAAAAAUCCAUAUGUUUUAGAAAUGGCAGAACAUGAAAGAAAUAAGAGAACUGAUGUUAGAAAAAUAGCACUUCGAGUCCUGCUGGAUAACUUGAAUCCUCUAAUACUUAAUUAUGUUAAAAAGAGGAGGUUCCAUCAAAUAUGUCUUGAAGAGAUGCCUUGGAAGGCUCAGAUGAACCUGUAUCUGGCAAAUACACACUUCAACCUGUUUUUAAUAAAGCUAGGGGAGCGUCCAAAGAUGAAAUUUGGAACUUCACAUAAAAUAGUCAGUUUCCAAUCUUGUGAUCCUAAUAUAUUCUCACUAUAUAAUUCAGGAACAGUAUUACCAACAGGAAAAUUGACUGUAGAAAACUAUAAAGUGAUGUUUGACUUCCUUCAUACAACUAAAAAAAGAAAGGCCAAUUUACCAUCAGAUGCUGGGGAGUUUUUGAUGUUUAUUAAUUCCAAAAUGAGUGACGAAAAUGUUUCUAAGACACAAACGGUUUGUGACUCAGACCCUCAGUCAGGUCUUAGCACUAAAGAAAAGGAUCGAGCACCACAUUUGAGUCUAUUGGAUCAUUUUAUGAAAAUCUUUUUGUAUUGCAGGAGAGCAAUGGUUCUUGCUCAUCGUGGUGGCUUUUGGACUCUGCUUCAGAACUGCUGUCGGGCCCUUUGGAACUUUACUCAGGAGCUACAGAUGCUUCUUAAACCUGAAGUGGAUAUAUAUAAAGUAUUCCCUGUUAGUCAAGAUAGUUUCACUUGUAUCUCUGUUUUACCAUUCUACUUGGGAGCAGAAUUACUUGUUGACAUGUUAAUAGAUCUACAAAAUACCAAUUCUAUUGAGAUUAUUGAAGAAAAAGGAGAGUUCAGUGUUCCAAGUUGCUAUGGAAAUAUUAAAAAUGAUAAUGGUGGUUCUAGCCUGACUUUUGAACAUCCUUUGGAUGACGUAAAUGUGGUUGAUUUGAAAUGGAUCCAUGACUUUGUAUUAAAAGCUCUGGAACUUUUAUAUCAAGUAGAAAAAUGGGAAACACUAGUAUCGCUUGCCAUUCAGUUCAAUAUAAUUUCACAUGAGCGAUAUACAGAGCAAGUGACGCCACUCCUGGUGUAUGCACAACGCCAGCUUCUUCUAAGAAUAUCCAAGUCUGAGGGCUCAGAUAUUACACAACAGCCUUGUGUAAGAUAUGAGGCUGAAUAUAAAGAGAAAAUAACCUGCCGAAAUUUUAUUGGGAAACAACUCAAGAUUAAUCCUCCAACCAAUAAACUGACAGACACAGGAAACCACACAGAUUUCCCAAGAAAUCUCAUCCUUUCAGAAUACAGCCGUGCCAAAGAGCUCCUCUGUGUGCCCGUGGAUGUAACAGAUACUUUGAGAUGUUUUAGAGAGACUUUGGAAAAAUCCAAAUAUCAUAACAGAGCAAUCCGACACAGCAGGAAGUUGCUUUCAUUAUUUCUUGCACAGACACAAGGAGCCAAAGGAGGAAUAAACACUUCAAAAUUGACUCCUGGAAAGGUGGAGUUUUCCCUGGGGAUAGAAGAGAUGCACAUGCCGGCGCCCCCUGACCUCUCUCAGGAGCACUUCAGAGUUUUUAGUUCGGUGGAGAAAAGCAAACUUCCCUAUUCACAACUUGGACUCGUAAUUUCUUCAUUUUACAAAACUAUUGAUGUUCUUCAAGCCAGCAAUCAAAGAAGUCUUAAAGUUCAGGCAUUGCAUCAACUUGGAAGUCUUCUUGUCUUCGCAGGAAAGAAAAGGGCUGCUUUUAAGUGCUGGUGUCAAGCUCUUGAUGACAUAUUCAGAAAACAAGAUGUGCUGCAUACAUGGAAAGAGUUUGGCGCCUCGCUCACCAGCGCCACCAACGGCUCUUCACCUCCAGGUUACAAGGACUACAGUGAGGAGUUUCUGUCCAGAGUUGGCAUUUGGGGCUGUUUGCAAGGAGCGGUCAUAUCUGCAAAGAUAGCCCAAUUUAUUAAGGAGUUUGAUGUUGAGAAGAGAUCAGACUGUUGCAUUUUGUCUGCGUUACUCUUUCAGGGCUUGCUUAGAACCACACUUCCGCAUCCCAAAGCUGAGCGUUGCUAUGCUCAGUAUGAAAUCACUCAGCUUCUCCCAGGCAUCGAGCUCUUCUCUGAUGUGCACAGGGCUGACAUUUGCUCAGUAGUGGCAAGCCUGUAUUACGUUAUUCGCGAACUGCACUUUGCUAAGCAAAAUAUAAUAAUUCUGCCUCUCCUUGCGUUGUACCAAUAUUUUGUUUCUGUAAUUUGCCAAGACUUGGUCAGAAAUUUAGAAGCAAGAAUCCUCAAGAUUGAAGUCCUUACAGAUUUAAGCUUCUUUUCUGAAGCCUUUCAUGAGAUGUCCCAGAUUUUUUAUGGAAAAAACAUGCCUUCCUUAAUACCUGCUGGAGUUAAAGCUACUGUGAAAGUGAAGGUAUUUCAAUCAUUUGACUCAGGAAAACCUCUUACUAGUAAAGAAAAUAUACAGGCACUUGAUGAAUUAAUAAAUAAAGCCUUGCCUCAAAUUCUGAUUACAAUUGGCCAUCAACAUCUCUUAAAUAAGUUUUCUUUUGUGAGAGCAUACUUUUUAGUAAGUGUGGCUGCAACAAUAAAUUGUGUCCCGGAAAAUCUAUUGAAAACAGUCUACCAUGGAUUUGUUUCCGAGAGGAGCAGAGCAAACCUCCCAAACUUGAAAGACCUGUGUUUAAAGGAUGAAAAAAGCUCAUUUAAUCAUCUUAGUUGUCAUAGAAAAAUGAAAGAUGAAUUCACUCUUAGCACAAUUAAGUCAAUUUUACUGACAGAGGCUGAAGACAAGCUAAAUUGCCUUGUGUCAGAGACGGUGCCCCCAGGCCACAGGAGCCUCUCCCAGUGUCCUGCGGGCCAGCUGGAGAUGGUGGUGCGGGCCAGGCUGCAGCUGGCUGCCGUCGCCCUGCAGCGGCACCGGGCUGCAUACAGUGCUGCAAUUGUAUUUUCCACACUUAAACUUCUCCAGGAUUCGAAACUUUUUAAAAAGAAAGUAGUAGAAGAUGACACAGAGAGUUCCAUCUCUCCAGGAGCUUCUGUCACUGAAAAUAAAGACGAUAAUGAAUUUUUAGAUCCCAUUUCCCUAAAUUCUCGAGAAUAUUUCAACAUUCAUCUGUGGUUGAGGUGCUGCUUGGCAUUGGUGACUGCAUUUGUCGCACAGAUUCGUGGCAUUGGGAUUGUGAAAGAAAACGAUAUGACAGAUUAUGUUAGCCUCAUCAAUGAAGCGUGUGUGGAGGCAAAAAGUGCAGGGGACAAGGAGCUACAGGCUGAAUUCUUGAUGCAAGCUGUAAUUAUUGGCCUACAAGAGAAGCAUUUAAAGGCAGACAUCAUAAAAAACCUUCAGGCCAUAAUACGUUUGCUUGAAGGAAGUGAGUUUAUUUCUCCUCGAUCUCAUUUAACUCUGGUGAGAAGCUUGCUUUUGUUGGAUGACUUAACAAAAGCAGAAAAAUUCAAGGGAACUCUCUCUUCAAAAACAGAAAAAUUAAAUUUGUUGACUCAGUCUCACAACAUUCUUAUUGAACAGAUGCUAAUUUUUGGAGAAACAAUUGAAUUUCCUUCAUCUACCGCUGACUUUGCAAGUCCGUUACAGCCUUUGAAAAAUGUCUAUCUUCCUCAUGUCAUGUUAUUGGCCAAAACAAAAAUGAGAAUUGGACAUACAAUGGCCAAGCAAGUAUAUUAUAACAGUAAAAAGAAGGAUUCUUCAAAGUGGUUACCUGCUCUUCAGCUUUUUGAAACAGCACUGAAGCUCUGUAAGGUAUCAGCAACAGAGGAACAUGAGGUAGAAGCCGAAAUCCUCUUUCAGAAAGGCAAAAUAGAAUGUCAAAUAUUGAUGGAAGAGAAAUAUCCAAAUUCAUCACUUGAGAGUUUAUGUGAAGCUAUACAACUAAGCUUGAACCAUGAUCAAAACUCAGGGUUGAUAAGGGACUCCUACCUAGAGAUUGCCCUAUUAUAUUUACACAUGAGAAAGGCAAAGAGCAAGAUUUCUACAGCACCAUCCACACCUAAGGCUUCUACCAGAAGAUAUAGUUCUGUUAAAGAACUAACAGUAAGUAGCUAUGAAAUGUGCACUUCGCUGGCCUGGACUGCGGUAAGAGCUGCUGCACAGGUGAGUCAAGCCGUGCUGGCAAUUAACCAACUUAUUGGAAAGAAAAAUACUAGAACUGAUGAAGUUAGUCAAGCAGCAUUACCUAACAUUCCAGAAUUUGCCACUGUGGACCUUUUGUCUUCAUACACAGAUUAUUUGCUUGAUAAUUACCAAGUUGCCUUCCAGACUAGCUAUACAUUUUUUUAUGAAAGUGAUGACAUAUAUGAUGACACAGAUGCUAGAAAGAAGACUCCAACUAACGUGGAUAUCACAUGGAUUCUUCUACUGCGCUACUACCUUCACCUGCAAAGGAUUAAUAACAUGAGCAAGCUUCUAGCGUCUCCAAAACCCGGUUCUGGAAUUUCUUUGCCAGAUGAUACACUUCUCACAUCCCUUUUCAACUCCGGGUUGAUUUUGCGCCAAAAAGAAAUGCAUAACUUCCUUAAAAAAUUUUUGCAAUUGUAUUCUUCCUCUUGUAUUGAUGAAUUUCCAAGAGAACUAUUUCAAGGAUUGGAAAAUCAACCUUUUUCAGAAAAUGUCGUACAUGACUCAUUAACCAAGACACCUCAUGACAGCUCCCUGCACUCCAUUUUAUCUUUAAAGUUCCUUGCCAGCACAUCUUCUCUAGAGGUGAUGUCAUCAGAUAAGGCAACACAACCUCUAAACAAAGAGCUUUGCUUUCUAUGGUACAUUCCUCCCCUGGAAAGACCUCCAAAGGAACUGGAACCUAUGGUUUUGUUGCUGUAUGCAUACUGCUUGAAGCCCCUAAAGGUUUCAGAAGUGAACUACACCAAUCUUAGCAGCACAUGCGUUGGAUCCUUCUGGGUUCCCCUGAACAGAGUUAUUUCAAUUCAUGAGAAACUGUGUAAUCUCACGCAAAUAGCUGAAAUAUCAUUGCCAGCAACUCCUGAAGUUACUCCAGGUGAAAACGCAUCUGAAAUACAAGAAAUGGAAGAGAAACCAAUUGGUGAAGAAAUGGAAGACAUGAUUAUUGAAUGUUGCUCUGAAAUAAUAAGUCUGUUUUUGACUGAGGGAGAGACACCGUCACUAACUGAGGUUCCAUUUCGUGUGUCACUACAAUCUGUGUUCAAUCUGGAGAGACUUUUUGAUCUUGCUAAUGGCUGCAUCAUAUCAGGAGGAAGCCUUUUCAACUGGAUUGUAUCAAUUAUUCCCUGA